UAAGUUGGAUACUCUGACAUGGCCCUCUCUCGUGUGGUCUUGUCAUUGCUGAAAUUGAAAGUUUCGUAUUCUUGCCAGCUUGAGUUGAGAAAGUCUAUUCCAAAAUACUUUUUUAAUAAUAAUACUCGUUUAAUCUCAACUGCUGCUAUAAUUGAUAAAACAAAGAAAAUGCCUUUCGAAACAGUUGAAGCUGGAACACCUAAUGGCGAUGACUUCAGAAUCUAUUACAAAAAUGAAAAUGGCCCAGUUUCACCGCUGCAUGACAUCCCGUUGUACGCUGACCCGGCCAAUAACGUCUUCAACAUGGUCGUUGAAAUACCUAGAUGGACAAAUGCAAAAAUGGAGACAUGGGAAAAUCCGGCUCAUGUCGAUUCCCACACAAAUCAUAAAGGAGAUAAUGAUCCAAUCGAUGUUUUGGAAAUCGGCCACCGUGUUGCCAAGAGAGGAGAGAUAAUUCAGGUGAAAGUUUUAGGAACGAUUGCUCUUAUUGAUGAAGGUGAAACUGAUUGGAAAAUCUUCACUAUUGAUGUCAAUGAUCCUCAGGCACAGCAAAUGAAUGAUAUCAAUGAUGUUGAAAAAUUCUUCCCCGGAUUACUGAAAGCUUCUGUUGAAUGGUUCAAAAUCUACAAAAUUCCCGAUGGAAAACCCGAAAACAAGUUUGCUUUCAAUGGCGAAGCAAAAAAUAGCGAAUUUGCUCUAAACAUUGUGAGAGAAACUCAUAAGUUCUGGAAUGGAUUGAUCAAGAAGGAACUGGAUGGCGGAAAGCUUAGCUGUUCCAACGUUUCAAUUGAAGGCAGUCCUUUCAAAAUUGGUCUGGAUGAGGCUAAUAACAUUCUGAACCAAGCGCCUAAACCAGGAACUGCAAAAGGAAUCGAUUCCAUCGGUAAGAUUUUUUUCAAUUCAAAAUUGAUUGUAGGACUAUAUUGAAAAUGGUUAUGUUGC